AUGGCGUCUCUAACCAGCAUUGCUUUCGUCACCUUCGGGGUGAUUUAUGGGGCUAAUGCGUGGGGUGCGUUGGGCCAUGCAACUGUGGCCUAUGUUGCACAACAUUACCUUUCGUCUGAAGCCGCAUCAUGGGCACAAGAAAUCCUCAAUGACACUUCUAGCGCAUACUUGGCAAAUAUUGCGUCGUGGGCGGACGGUUAUCGCCUCACAGAUGACGGCAAAUGGUCAGCUCCGUUGCACUACAUUGAUGCCAUGGAUGAUCCCCCAACAAGCUGUAAUGUGGACUACGAGCGCGACUGUGGAGACGAAGGCUGCUCGAUCUCUGCAAUUGCCAAUUACACCCUGCGUGCAGGCAAUCGCAAACUAAGCACUGCCCAUACCGCCGAAGCACUCAGAUUCCUUGUGCACAUUAUUGGUGAUCUCACGCAGCCAUUGCACGAUGAGAACUAUGAGGUUGGCGGAAAUGGUAUUCAGGUCACGUUCAAUAACUACAGUGACAAUCUUCACGCGGAUUGGGAUACAUACAUGCCCGCACAACUGAUUGGUGGUGAUUCGCUCGCCGAUGCACAGGGAUGGGCCGAGAGCCUGGUCGAUGAAAUCACUUCUGGCACCUAUAAAAAACAAGCUCGGAACUGGAUCCAAGGUGAUACUAUCAGUGAUACUGUCACCACUGCCACUAGAUGGGCGUCGGAUGCCAAUGCCUUGGUCUGUACUGUGGUAAUGCCGGACGGAGCUGCUGCCUUACAGACCGGCGAUCUCUACCCGACAUACUACAACUCCGCUAUCGGCACGAUUGAGCUGCAGGUUGCCAAAGGCGGUUACCGACUAGCCAACUGGCUCAAUCUGAUCUAUGAGCAAAGGAUUGCUGCGAAACAGAGGCUGGGGAAAUUCAACAAAGAGCUCCGGGAUGCAGCUCCUGAGCCCGAGUUCGUCCGUGAGUCUCUUCGCGAGCCUCGUCAGAUGCGGCGUGCAAACCUGGCUAGGGCUGCUAUGGGAGGAAAUUGCUGCAUUUCAGGAAGGACGCCAUCAUAG